UAAUCGAGCCUCCCACGGGGACUGGGGAGACCUUUGUCCGCGUCCGGCCCCGCCCGCUGCCCGCCGGCCCGCGAUCCGCGCCACCUUUCCCGCGGCGGCUCCCGAGCAGGGCGGGGCGCCCCGCGGCGGCGCGGGCCCGGCGGCGGGGAAGGCGGGAGCGCGAGCGCACCGGCGGGCCGCAGCCCCCAACGGCUCGGCCGGCUCGGAUGGCGGCUCCGGACCCGCAGCCUCCACCGCAGCUGCCGGCCCUGGCCGCGGCGAGCCCCGCGGCGCUCGCUCAGGGCCGACUCACUCUCCACGAGGGCCCAGGGGGGCGCAGCGCGCAGACCCGGGGCGCCCCCGGCGCCCGGCCGGCCGCCGCGCUCAGCCCGGCCCCCCUUCGCGGCCCCAGCAGGUGGAGGCGCCCAGCGCGAGCGCUCCGGGCCCGCGGCCCCCUCCCGCCGCGCGCCGCGCGCCAGCCCGCGCGGGCGCAACUUUCUUAAAGGGACAGGUGGCCGGAAUCCGCGUCUACCUGGGGCCGGGACUUGGCCUCCGGGCCCGUCCCCCCAGGUUAGGGGAUAGAGGGGGUCGCAACAGAUCUCUCCACCCACCCACCCCCUUUCCCGACGGGCAGUGACGGGUUGCCAGUUUUAAUGCACCCAGCAUCCUUUUGCAAUUUAGUUCUUUUGGCCAAAUCGCCCUCCCACUGCUCCUCAGUGCAGGCUCGCGAACUCGUAGUUGCUGCCACCGUGGGCAAAGUUUGAAGAGGGGUGCCGCUAUGCCUGCGCCCCACCCCACCUGGAGCCCCGGGGCGUGCUAGGCUGCUGCGGCUGCAGCUGCUGCUUCUGCUGCUGCUGGGAGACGCCCGCAGCCAUCCCCUUGACCCUGCCCUGUAACUGACCCUAGGGGAAAAGACCCCCGCACGGCUACUGCGCAUGCUCGGAGCUGGACAGCUCCAGAGAGGGAAAUUUAAAAACGGUUCUUGCAGCGACGGCGGCCAAAUUGCAGAACGCGAGGGGCGAGCGAGAGGGAGUGCCCCCUCCGAAACCCCCGCCCGCCCCGGGAGCGCGGGUAGCGGCGGCCGGGCGAGGAUCGGCUCCAGGACAUGAUAGAAAGUGACAUCUCGUCCAUAAUGUCAGGAAUUAUUCGAAACUCGGGGCAAAACCACCACCCCGCUCCCCAGGAAUACAGGCUCCUGGCCACCGCCAGCGAUGAGGACCUUCCCGGGGACCUGCAGUCACUGUCGUGGCUCACGGCCGUGGACGUGCCUCGGCUACAGCAGAUGGCAAGUGGCCGCGCGGACCUGGGCGGCCCCGGCGCACCUCACCCACACCCAGGUUCCUUGGCUGGGCUGGCUGACCUCCACGUGGGAGCCGCCCCAGGCCCCCUGCUCCAUGGCCCGGCUGGCAUGGCCCCCCCAGGUGUGCUGGGCCUGGGCCCCCUGGCCAGCCACAGAGCUGGCAUGAGCCAGUUCCCCGUGGGGGGCCAGCCCUCCUCCAGCCUGCGCGACCCACCACAGAUGUACGCUCCGGCUCCCCAGGCACGGUUCCCACUCCCCCUGGGCGCCCAGCAGUGCCCUCCUGUGGGCCUGUAUGGCUCCCCGUUUGGGGCACGACCUCCCUACCCCCAGCCCCGUAUGGCUGUGCUUUCAUCUCAAGAACUGCACCCCAAACACUACCCCAAGCCCAUCUACUCAUACAGCUGUCUGAUCGCCAUGGCCCUGAAGAACAGCAAGACUGGCAGCCUGCCUGUGAGCGAGAUCUACAGCUUCAUGAAGGAGCACUUCCCCUACUUCAAGACGGCGCCCGACGGCUGGAAGAACUCGGUGCGGCACAACCUGUCCCUGAACAAGUGCUUUGAGAAGGUGGAGAACAAGAUGAGCGGGUCCUCGCGCAAGGGCUGCCUGUGGGCCCUGAACCUGGCGCGCAUCGACAAGAUGGAGGAGGAGAUGCACAAGUGGAAGAGGAAGGACCUGGCGGCCAUCCACCGGAGCAUGGCCAACCCUGAGGAGCUGGACAAGCUGAUCUCAGACCGGCCAGAAAGCUGCCGACGCCCCGGCAAACGUGGGGAGCCCAGGGCUGCCGUGCCGACCCACGCCACCACGGUGGCCAUGGCCCACGGCUGCCUGGCCGUCUCCCAGCUCCCGCCCCAGCCGCUGAUGACCCUGUCCCUGCAGUCAGUCCCCCUGCACCACCAGGUCCAGCCCCAGGCACAGCUGGCCCCAGACUCCCCUGCCCCGGCGCAGACCCCGCCCCUACACGCCCUGCCGGACCUGAGCCCCAGCCCCCUCCCCCACCCGGCCAUGGGAAGGGCCCCUGUGGACUUCAUCAACAUCAGCACCGACAUGAACACCGAGGUGGAUGCCCUGGACCCCAGCAUCAUGGACUUUGCUCUGCAGGGGAACCUCUGGGAGGAGAUGAAGGACGAGGGCUUCAGCCUGGACACGCUGGGGGCCUUCGGAGAUUCGCCCCUGGGCUGUGAGCUGGGGGCCUCGGGCCUGGCCGCCGUCUCCGGCAGCAGCGGCCAGUCCUUCCCUGACUUGCAGGUGACGGGUCUGUACACCGCGUACCCAACCCCGGACAGUGUGGCCGCGGCAGCCGCCACCUCCUCCUCUCAGUACCUGGGGGCCCCAGGGAACAAGCCCAUAGCCCUGCUCUGAGCCGACGGCCUCCACGGGGAGCCUCUGGGGCCUCCCAGGUCAGACGGAUGGGGGAGAGUGGACGAGCAUCCUGACCUCCCCCGAGACCUGAGAUGUGAAGCUUCCAGCCUGCUCCCCUGCUGGGCUCUCUGCACGACCUGCAGCCCACUGUGGGGGGCCUUGGUGCAGCCGGGGAACACCCUGGUGUGAAGGGAGGCCCUUUAAUUUCUUCUCGGAUGAAACGUCUGCCUCAGCCUCAAGGGGACGGGCCCUGAGGCCCGGAGCGGAGCUGGUGACCUGUCUAACUUCUCUUGGACUGGAACAGGCUGAACUCUCUGAAAUAGGUGCCUGCCCCGCUGGCCGCCAGGCCCGUGUCUGCGGUAGUCUGUCAGAAGUGCAUGGCGCAGAUUCCCGGGCCACCGCGACCCUGCGUCCAUUUAUUUAUAUUUAUUGGAGCCCCGUCAAACCACCUCUUUGCAUCCAGCCUGCAGUCCCCGGAACGAGACUCGCUGGUCCGUCUCUGCAUCCCGGCAACCCAAACGCCGAAAUCAUCCUCGAAUCACGUCCCCAGCUGGCUCUUCAUCGCUUUGCAGCCUUGGGCUGCUUUUUAGAACAAACAAGCACUUUUGAUAAUGUGAAACAUCCCAUUUUUUAAAAAAUAGGGACCAGAUUGUUUUCUACCUGCUCAGUCAUGAUUCGACUCUCCCCACGUGGACCUAAGAGGGGAGGUGCCAUAGUUUCGGGUCCCACAGGCUUUCUGAGGGCCAGUUGGACAGGAAUGGGGGGUGGUGGGGGGCUUUUCACACUGGAAU